AUGACUGCACAAGAACAGAUGAAAAAGAUGCUGGACGAACUUAUGGGAACCCAGAGGGAUGGUGAGUAGAAAAUUAGUCGUUUGAAAGUGAAACUGUGUAACUUAAUAAGUCUUCCUUUCGUUCAAUUUGGAAAUUCAGCACGCUUGUGUUUUUACUAGCUCUUCUUCUGAUUUGGUUAUUUUACUGACUAAAUAGAGAACUCUGUUGUGAUGUCGACGCUAGCUCAGUCAAGAGGAGUGAGUUUUUGCCUUUCAUAUAUUUUUAUCUAUGCGAAUUUGCUUAGUUCCACGUUCUCAUAUGAAAGAUUUCAACCUGUCUCUGAGACAAGAAGUUUUUCAGAGUUUGACAUUCUCUUUUUUUGCAAUGCAUCGCCGGUGCCUUUUCUUUAAAUUAUUUCACGAGUGGCUUAAUCUGUAAUAUCAUGCUUUAAGAAACGUGUGUUACCAAGAAGGGUUUUCUCGUAGGUUUUUUCAAGAUCCAGAGAGUAAUAAGAAGCAGCCGCCUGAUUGUAUGUUGUCAUUUUACUAUUGGUUUAAACACGACGUUAUGGAAAUGUCACAGUUGUUAAACACUGUGGUGAAGGAAAUUUAUGUGCGUGUUAGAAACCUUCUGUUCUUGAACAGCUGUUCAAAAGGAAAGUUCUGGAAACAGAAUUACUAAUAUUUUGUUUUGCUACAUCAGAUAUUAAAAUUAUUUGGAACUCUUUUUAAGUAAAUCCAACUUUGUGUUCUAGCUUUUGAGGAAAAAUUUCCAGUCUAUUGUACCACUUUGAACAAUUUUAUAGAUUGGUGCUAUUUAGAUGUUAGAAAUGUUUGCAACAUCUCUGGGCUUCCACUACAAAUGUUCAGCACCUUGAGCAACUACCUUAAGGUCCCUUAUGAAUUGAUUGCUAAACAACUUUGAGUUAUGAUGCAUCAAUGGGAAGGAACUUGGCGUUACAGAGUGUUUAACCACUCUGUGUUGUUAUCUGAAACAGUAACAGUGAAUAAUGAAAUUUUAGUGUGUUGUGCAGUGGCACAUCUUGUUCACAGUUUAAGUGUGUUUGUGUGUUAUAACUACCCAUGUUGUGUGAAAGCAGUUCCCCAUUAAUACUAGAUAUUGAAUGCUUUCUCAAACAAGGCUUACUGAUAGCCAUGUACAUGUAGUGUGAGCAAGUCAUUGGAUGCGUAAGUAGGGCGACGUAAGUAGGGACAGAAAAUUUCCAUUUUAUUAAUUUAUGGUGCUGGGAGUUAUACAGUUAACAUAACUAUAGGAUGUUACACAUGAAUUUUUAAGAAUCAAUCCAUGGAACUGGAUGUGCUUGGAACAAAAUUUUCAGAAAGAUUUUUACCCUUGAUAAACCUAUAAUCCAUUAAGUGCUGACUACAACAGUGAUAACAAAGACUCACUUUGAAAUUUUUUUUUGGAUUGGGGGUAAAAGAGAAGUGAAAAACUCUUCAAUGUGUAGGACUUAGUGCACACCUUGUAUUUUGACUUCUGAAGAAACAGCCCUUUUUCAGUAUACGGGCAUCUAGCCUACAUGUAUGUGCACAUCUUGCACUGAGUAUUUGUUCCUUGUUUUAGAUCAGUUUACCUUUGACCACCCAAAGUUUGUUUUGUGUCCUGGUAUUCUUAACCCUCUAACUCCCAAGAGUACCCAAGAAAGCAUUUCUCCCUUUAAUAACAGAAGAAUAUCAAGCAGUAAUGUGACAAGAAUAAAGAAUAAUAUCAUUAAAGGGACUAUCAGUUGUUCUUGUAUCAAAUUCUCCAAACUAACAUCGUAAGAAUUGUGUGGCAAACAGUAAGGAGAUCUUGGAAGUGAGAGGGUUAAAGCAAUGAUUGGAAUCAUCUAUUUGACCCUAGUCCUCUUCUUAUGAGACAUGUCUUUUAUUCUACUUUAUUUUGGGCAUCACUUUGUCCAUUCAAAACCAAAAAUUAUAAUAUUUAUUCCACUUGCUUGGUAUUUAUGUUUUAUUUUUGUUGUCUUUGCAUUCCUAAGGUGCCAGACCAGAAGAUGAAGUCAAGUUCUCAGAUGACCGUGUGUGUAAGAGCUACCUUAUGGGACUCUGCCCUCAUGAACUCUUUAACAACACAGUGAGUAGCUUGUUAUGAUGUUUGCAUUCCACCUAAAGUAAACAUCUUGCAGAUUUUAUUUUGUUAUUUAACAACUGGCUGGAAUGGUUAAAUUCUCAUAGAUUCCACUUAGUGGUGUCUCUUUUUAGCAUUUCCUUUGUUUUGUUUGGUUUAUUAUGAGGUAUAUUGUGUUACUGGGCAAAAAAAAAAAAAAAAUAUAAUAAUAAUAAUAAUAAAUAAUAGAAUCAUGGCAAACUGGGAAUUUUUUGUAUGAAAGGCUAAAGGUUGUCAAUUUAUUGCAGUAUGUUUUCCACAAAAUUCAAAUCCCUGCUCAGUAUGUAUAGUUUUCCUGGUUAAGGAGAUAAUGUCACCUUGUUAAGAAAAUAAUUACUGCUAAGAUCACCUCACAUUCAAAAAUCAUAUGACGAAGAUAUUGUGAAAGGCUUUCAAAAGCUUUUCACUAGUGUAAGUUACACUCUACAUGUAUACAUGUACAUGUUGUUACAGGACAGAAUUUCUCCUUACAAUAUCAAGCUCAAGAAGAUAUGUUAAAACCCUAUUACUCAAUACUGCAGUGUACAAGUAGGAUUGUUUCUUGUAGUGGCUUCCCUGAUUAAGUCUUGUUGUAUCCUUUUCAUGCUAUUCAAUGAAGAGCAGUGGAUCUUCAAAACUGUAAGUUAAACUGUGCAAAAAGCCAUUUCUAAGUGAACCUUUUUUAAAUUUUGUUUUCCAUUAGACAACCUCGUACCAUAAUUUUUUUGGUUAUCCAGUGUACUUAAAUCUCCAGGUAAUUGGCAUUAACUAUCAGAAUACUGUAUCUCUAAACUUACUUUUCAUUCCAGAAAAUGGAUCUAGGUCCCUGUAACAGGAUUACUAGAUUGGUUAUCUAGUGUACUUAAAUCUCUUGGUAAUUGUCAUUAAGUUUCAGAAUAAUGUAUGUUAAAACUUACUUUUCAUUCCAGAAAAUGGAUCUUGGUCCCUGCAACAAGAUUCAUGAAGCUGCUCUGAAAGCAGAUUUUGAGAUUGCAUCAAAGAAGAGGGACUAUGGUUAUGAUGUAGAUGUAAGUACUUAAAUUUAACCCUUUAACUCCCAAAUUGGUUACAAAAAUUUGGUGUUCAAUCAAGGAAAUAUCUUUUACCUGAUGAGUUUGAGUUUUCUCAUUACCUGUUUGCUGGAUAUUGUAUGGAUAUUAUCAGGAGUAGCUACUUGUUAAUCACUUCUGGAAGUUAAAGGAUUUAAGUGCCAUUAGCUUCCCCAAGUAAAUUUCUUUGUUUUACUGAUAACAAAGUGGAAAAAAAUAGAUGUUGCAUCUAUUUUAGUUAGCCUUUUAUGAAUGUUCAAAGAUCCCCAAAAUUGGUUCCUUCCAUGUUCAAAACCAAGAAACAGUGGGGAUAAGGUGGGUUGACUGAUGACUUCAUCCCAGGAACAGAUUCAACAUUAUUCAUAUUAUGUAGUGAAAAAGCAGUCACUAUGCAGCCUUGGAAAGAACUAUAGAAUAAUUAAAUAUUUCUGUUGUGCAAAGUUGGUUUUGAAUAAGGUGCCAUUUCUCCAUCACUUUGUUCUUGAGGUUAGGUUAAGCCAAAUUAUAUUGUGUUGCAAAAGGCAAUAUUUUUUUCUGUGUGACGUUUUCUUUGUUUUUGAGUGACCUUUCUCUCCCAGUAAAAUUAACUUCAGAGAUAUAUUUCUCCAAAAUUUCAUCUGGGUAUCCUCUGUUCUUACAGCAUAUUUUGAAAAUCUGUUCAUUUUUAUAAAACAUGGAGCAUGAGAAAUGUUCUUAGGAAAGGUAGGGCCUCUCCACUCACUAAUCCUUUCUUGGAGGAUGACUUGAAUAAAAAUUGGUGUAUUGGUGUGGUGGAAGGUCUCAUUCUCAUUCAUUUUGUGUUUGAGAAAGUAAUUUCUGAGGCAGAUUUAUCAGCUGUGAAUUUGUUCACCUGGAAGUUGUUCAUUGGAUGGGUUACUGAUGUGCUGCUUGUGUGACUCAAUCUUUUUUCCUUCUACCUUUGAUUCUGUUUUCUUUUGCAAUUUUUUUAUCUUUUUUUCUUUUUUGAGUUGUUUCACCCUUGUUGUUUGUUUCUGAAGAGACAGAGAAUGCACAUGUACAAGAUUCAACCUCUCCAUUGCCUUUUUGUGCUCUCAAAUUUACAAGAAGCUUGUUGACCUCACUCAUUUUAGCUUUCAAUUCAAUGGCUAAUUUGUUUAUAUCACUUGCUUUUGAAUGGAUUAUGGUGAAAUUUCACCAGGGCUCCCACAAGGUCACACUCUGCUUUCUUUUUGAUUGAACUUAUAUAUCUUAUGUAAAAUCCUCAUUUGGGAUUUUUGCCCUACAUUGUAUCUGAGGCUAUUUGGGCAUGUGCCUUUUUCGAUAUGAGCUUGUAAGAGUCCAAUAGAGUUCUUUCUCAGUUGUGUCACGGCUCUCUUGUCUCCAUUUCAUUGAGGCUUCGCUUUUGGCACACAAUCCAUUUCCUCCAACACAUAUUUUUGUGGCAACCAAUUGUAGACAAAUCAUUUUGAUUUACUUUCUGUUAGAGGAAUGGUGGUGAGCAUAGUCUCUUUUGCAACCAUUAAUUGGUCUCCUCAUGCAAUGCACUCUCUCUCUAAUGGAAAUAGAGGACAUUAAGUGAUGAGACCAAACAGAGGCUGUGAGUACAGUAAGUGUGGCACUGAUGCAUUUUAUUUUUGCUCAGAAGUGUUUAGACAAUAGAGACAAUAAACCACAAAAUACCUCUGAGUUUAGAUAAAUUAGGUGUUUUUUCUCUCUCUUAAGGUGAAGUUAUACAAUAUUUUGUGAUUAUUUCAUUACUUCUUUUUUUUCCCACUUAGCAAAUGGAACACCUUCAGUCAUUCAUCAAGGACUGUGAUAGAAAGAUCCAAAUAGCAAAGAAAAGGCUUGAGGAGACACAAGAUGAUCAUGACAAUGUCCCUGAGGUAGGUGUUGAAGCCACUGUCCAGGUUUAAUUCCAGUGUUGCUAAUUGCUCAGGCACUCUAUAGAAUGCCUGACUUCAGAUUUGUGUUCAGUUUAGUUGUAAAUUGGGUUCAAGUAAAUUCACUUUAGUCAGUGUGGGCAUGCAUAAGUACAAGUUUCAACACAUACUCCAAGAAGUAGUUGUAAAGCCUAUGAAAGUAUUGUUUGGAAGGCUUUUUCCCAUGCCUUUCACAUAUUUUUUAAAUAAGUAUUGAAAAAUCUCACAAAGACUGUGCCUACAUUGUGCCAUUAGGUGCACCUGUGUACAUGCACAUGCACAUGCACAUGCACAUUUGCAUGUAUGUUGUUGUAAAGAAGAAGACCACAUGUAUGAAAUGUACAUUGUCACUACUUGUUGAAUCAGAGUUGGCUUCUUGUAAUUCUGCUUUUAAAUAAAACCUGGCUCCAGAAACUGUAAAAAUCCAUUUAAAAAUGACCUUUUUGAUUUGUCAUUAACACACACAAAUAAAAAUGAUACUUUUUCAUCAAUUUCUUUUGCCUCGUGAAACUUGAAACUUGAAAGAGAUACCAAUCUCAUGGUCUUAAAAUAACUGAGUUUGUGCUGCCUUUGCUAUGACUUAUGCAAAUAGCUAGACAUCCUAGUCUUCUUGAUAAUGACGAUAAAUGGUAGGCCGUCUCCCAUGUCUUCUCUGUAUUGGUGAGUCCUUUUAGCCUUUUUUGUCUGUGAGUGAACAACCAAACAGUUAGUUAUUUGAACUGCUAUGUAAUUUUCAUAAGAGAAUUGUUUAAAUUGUGUUGUCAUGAGUAUAGGUAUUAAUGAUUUGUUUUUAUAGGCCCAAGCAGUUCAUGACCUGGCUGAACAGAUUGGGAAAAAACUUGCAGAAGCAGAGACUGUGGGUAUGUUCAUCUGUUAUCUAAUUGUAUAUUGAACAAGAAAUAGCAGUGCCAGUUCACUAAAGAGAAUUAGCACUUAGUUUUCAUCUUCCCUCUUCCUUUUGAUCAUGGUAUUCAACAUUUAACCCUGUACAUUCUACUAUCAUCAUGCAUUUUCUCCAAAAUGUUCUCUACACAUUUCUUAAGGUACUUGCAAGGAGAGUUUGUCUAACAAUCAAGAGCUUCUUGAGUUCAUGACCAUUUCCUUCAUUCUUGCAACCUUAAUGUUUGAUUCAGAGGUUGUACUGUUGGGAGAAAUUAGAUGCUUAUCACUCUUAGGGACUUAAGGGUUAAGGGAAGCUUGCUGACUUUCCUUGCAUGUUAUAGGGCAUGAUAUUAUUUUGAAGCUUUGGGUGUUCAUUUUGGUAGGAGCUGAAGGUAAGGUUGAAGAGUCAAUGGAACUCAUGAAGGAGGUGGAAGACUUGAAAGUAAAGAAAAAGAUGGCAGAGGUAUAUAUAUAUAUUAUAUUUAUGUGCCUGAGGAAUGAGCAAUGAUAACUCUGAGGAAACUGCUUUGAUACUGUUACUCAUUUUUUAAAUAAAAGGAUUCAGUUACCUGAUGGUCUCUGUUCUAUUUCAUUAUAGGAUAUAUAUCGAGAGUCACUUCCUUCAUCUUCUCUUCAGCAACAAAAGCUGAGGGUUUGUGAGGUGUGUGCGGCAUACCUCAGCUUGUAUGACAAUGACCGGAGGUGAGUUUAGAACUUUGGAUGAUGUGUAACUGAAAAUUUUGCGCUUGGAAUUUUAUCAAAAAUUUCAAGAGUUUGUGUCUUGUAUCUCUAAUUUUGGAAAUUUUGGUAAGAUGUUAAAAAUGUCGAAGAUGUGUCUGUACAGCUGUCCACCAUAACAGUGGUCUACAGACUCGACCUAGGAUCGUUUGGUCUGAUUUCAUUCAGAUCAGUAGUCUUAGAUAGGAAGAAGUGACUGAUGCUUUUGACAACCUGAGGAAAAGUUGCCAUUUAAGUCAAAGGUUCUCUGUUCCCAUGCAAGCCAAGUUGACCAUCUAACCUGCUGGAAAUUGUGUUUCAUUUGACUCUGAUGAGAAGGAGCUGUAUAGGAGGCCAAGUGGCCGAGUGGUUAGGGUAUUGGACUUGUGAUCUGGUGGUCCCGUGUUCAAGUCCUCUUCCCUGCCAUUUACUGGAUUUUUUCUUGGUCUCCCCGAGUUCAACUCGGCUGUGCUGUGUAAAUAGCCAAAUGGUCUGCCUCGUGCCAGUUAGGAUUUCCUAGCGCUUUUUGUUUAUUUCAGUCAUUGUAAAGCGCUAUUGGAUAGCGAUAGAAAUGGCGCUAUAUAAGUAUUAUUAUAGUAUUAUUAUUAUAGUAUUAUUAUGAUGAUGAUGACGGCUUAAUUGCGGCUGUGGAAAGGUCAACAGCAGUCCUUUUCAGGGCAAAUUCCACUCUGGUGAUCAGGCCACACUCUCAACUGUUACCCCUGGAAUCAAACCAGUUACUCUUAGGCUGUACAUACAUGUAUAGUGUUAAAAUUGAAUAAUGGUGUGUGGAUUGUUUUGUUUUGUGUGGUCCUUAGUCCUGAGAUUUUUUAUUUACUAAACUGUUCUUUUGGGCUGUAGAUUUUAACCGAUGUCAGAGGAAUUUCUUUGCUGAUAAAUAUUUGUUGGAAAUUUUGUAUUCAACUAGGUUAGCUGAUCACUUUGGAGGGAAACUUCACAUGGGUUUUAUCAAAAUCCGCGACAGGCUGAAGGAACUACAGGUAUUAAAAAAGUCUUAAUCUCAUGAUUCACUAACUGUAAAAGCUCUUAAAACUAAGCUGAUUUACCUAAAACCUCUCCCUAUGUCACCUGAACAAGCACUUACCUAAGUGUAAGCAAAGGGUGCCACAUGAACCUUGAUGUAACUUCAAAUUCUUUCAACGAAUUUACAUGGAAACAGCUAUGGUAAGAUGAGGGGAUAAUUUCAAAGCGGAUCUAGUCUAAUUUAGCAUUGUAUCGGUUUGUUUUGUAGGAUGGAGUGGCAAAAAAGCGAUCUGAAAGAGAAAUGGAGAGGAUACGUCGACGCGAAGAAAGAGAGCGCGAGCGGGAACAAGAGAAACGCGAUCGUGAGAAAAGAAUGAGAGGAGAAAGAGAACGGGAUAGAGAAAGGUAUGUUUUAUUACUUUUAGAGCUGUUUAAUUGCCAAGUACCGUGUUCACUUUACUUGUUUUCUGAGAUAACUCUGUUGAGUACCUGGGCGAGAUUGGUGUUCCGCGCACUUUGGCAACAGUAUUUAUAAAAAAAUUGGCGUGUGUAGUGAAUUUUUUUUUCCCAACAAAAAAGGGUGACUUUGGUAGUUGAUUUAGGAGGUGAAAGGAUCAGUGUACAUUGUUAUCGUGAACGUCGUACGUACGUCGCUUUCUGAAUCUCUUUUUUUUUUUUUUUUGAGUCAAAUUAUGUGUGGAAAAAAAUGUAUUGAGACUACUUCACCGUAAACUACACUUGAACAAAACCCCGUGUCAAUUAGUCGAGCUGUAGAGUGGCAUAUUUCGAUUUGAUGUCGCACAAAAAAACUAAACACAACAACCAACUACAGUGUAGCAGUGUUACAGGAGCCGUUAAGAAAAAAAGAGCGGGAAAACGGGAGUGACCAGUUUAGUGUAACAACUGAUUGGCCAAGAGUUUUGUGAGCUUUUUUUUCCCAACCAAUCACAAGGCAAAGCCGUGGCCGUCCCGAGUACGUUCGACACUCAAUUGAAAACCAUCUACAAGGUCCAAAAUACCAACAUUGCUCUCUCUUUUUAACAAUGUUUUGUUUUCUUUCUGUUUCCACCAGGAGCCACCGCCGCCGAAGUCGAAGUCGUAGCCGGAGUAGAGAGAGAAGGAGAAGAAGAAGGUAAUUAGACAAAUUUUCAUGCUACUAUACUCGAUGAUUUUAGCACAACGUAAUUAUAAACUUUUCCUGGCAUAGUAUGUGUUUCGGCUCUUUUGAGUAUUCAUUUCUUGGUUUAAUCAGCUGAAACAAAGACAAUGUUCAUAGAAAAAAAACAACUAGACGUAGGUGCAUGUGACUUUUGUUUUAAGUUUUGCUACUGAUACUGUUAGGUAUCUUUGAAAAGUGUUAAUCUCCCUCUAAGGAGCGUAGAAAAUGGAAAAGAAAGAUGUUAAGGGUACAAUUAUAUAUCUUUCUCUAUCAGGAGGUCCCAGUGCUAAGAUAGUCGUUGAUGUGGGUUAAUAAAUUCAUUUUAAAAUAAUCAAACGUUCUGUUUUUCAGGAGCCGUUCACGAUCACGAUCUCGUUCCAGGUCACGCUCACCUUCAUCGAAGUCACGCAAUAAGAGAAGGCAGUCAUAUCGCCGCUCGAAGUCACGCUCGCGAUCUGGGUCUCCAAAGAGGAAAUCUCCACCCACUAGAUCACCCAGACAAACACCGACAAGAUCUCGCUCAAGAUCACAAAGCUAGGAUAUUAGCUACCGUUUAAACCCUCUGCAUUACAAAGCAAUCCCCCUGGCUGAAAAAAAUGUGGAACUUAAUUUAUCCAGCCGUGUUUAUCGUACUGGUUGUUCUACACGUAGUUGUGUUCUAGGGAAUUUUUUUAAAGUCUCUUAAGUGUGACAAACUGCUACGAAAGUUAACUUUAAUCGAAUUCUUCUCUCCCCUCUCCCCCCUCUCCCCCGAAAAAUUAUUGUGUUGUCAUUUUUCUUGAAAUGCCCAAACUCAUCGUUAAUAUAGUAUUCGUUACAGUUGUGUAGUCGUGGCUAGAUUUUUACGUCAACAUGCCCAGGUAUUGCAUGAGUGUAACUGCCUUCAACUAUGUUCAACCAAGGCAUUUAUUAGCGCAAAAUGUAGCUGAUAAGAUAUAAUUUUAGCAUUACAAGAAUAAAUUUAUUGUCUAAAAGUUUUGGCAACUUUUAACGUUCUUCUAGAAAAUAUGACUAAUGGUAGAGCAUAAGCAUGAUGGACAUCCCAUUCGAUAUUCUUGCUAUACAAACAGUCUUGUAUUUUCAAAACAAGUUCCUAUUGUCGUGGUAUUGUCUCUGGGCUGUAUUUCUAAUAACUUGGUCAGUUUCGUUCCACUUCUUUAAUUGUUUCAUGUGCACUUUAGAUAAACUCUGUCCUCAUUUAUUUCCGUCGUUAGUCGAUCGGGGUCAGUUGCCGGUACACUCGUGGUGAAAAGUGAUGACGCAAAUUAUUUUGUAUUCUGGUUGAUCAUGUAUCAUAAACAGGGUAAACAAAGCGACCAUGGGCGAAUUUUCAGUUUGCAAAGCGAGAUUAAUCUAGAAGGAGCUACAGAACCCAAUCCUCUAGUUGAUGUUUCUCUUUUUUCUCAUUACGUUUGUUUUAAAAGGAAAUGUAUCGGUAUUGUGAGGAGAAAUUCCUCUUUGGUCACCCCUCGGUGUAAAAGGGCUAAUUGAUGAUGAUCAAAGAUCUGAGAAACGAAUUAUCGUUGUUUGGAGAUUUGAUAGAAAGGUAUUGUUUUGGAUCGUUUUCUAGUAUCUGUCGGACAAUAUAUGAAUCUUGUAGCAUCCUUUAGAAAAGUUUAACAGUACAAUGUGAAACACAACUGAGCCAACAGUGUUUCUCUCCUCUCACUCCUCACAAACCAUCGAUGUAACCAUAGUGUGUACAUCCAAUAAAUUAUAAUACCG